UGUUGGAGUAUAAUACUGUCUUCGGAUGCCUUCUGGGAUAUGGUGGUUGCAUUUCCCCUGACUGCCUACGGGUUAGGUACCAUUCCUCCACCCCUGGGACUCGGGAGAGAGCUCAGAUGCUGACUUUGGGAGUUCCUUUUAUGCUUUCCUUCUAAGGAGAGCUGCUCAUGGUCGGGCUCCUCUAAGCACAUCUGACACCCUCCCCUCCUACCUCCCACCCCCAACCACCACCCUGUGACUUUCCCAGAGCCCGUCUGCUCAUUGCAGAGAAGAAGCAAGAAGAAAUCUCGCUUUUCCACAAGUCUCUGCCUCUUCACUCCCCCUCCUAAUUUCCCCCUCCCCAUUACCGUCACCCCUCCUCCGCCCCCGCCUCCGCCUCCUCCUUCCACUCUGCAAUCAGGGGAAUAAAUCAGGGAAGGAAACCGAGAGAGAGGGAGAGAAGACAGGAAAGAGAGUGGUUGCCGAGAUCUGUUACAAAAGUAACCCUGAUGGCGGCUGAUCAUAUGAAGCUGCUGUGGGGAGUAACAGCGAGCUUCUAGUGUUUUUCUCUCUCUACCGUCCCUCGUUCUAGAGCUCGAUUUUGCUCUCCCUAUCUCCCCCACCGAGCCCCUCCCCAUCCCUGGCACCUUGCUUGCGUUAUCUCCAGUCGUCUUUCUUUGCAGUGUGUGCAUUGGUGUUUUGCCUUUUCUCCCCCCUCUCCCUCCCGGUUUGUUCCAUUAUCAUUUUUUCCCUGAGUUGGGGAGGGAGUGAGAAGCCGGGGGGAAGAGAGAGAAUCGAUCUUCUAUCCCGAAGAUGGCUGCUGGCUGGCUGCUAGUCUUUAGUCUGACACUUUUCCAAUCUUUGCUGAUCAACCCUUCUUCGGAAGAACCUUUUCCUUCGGCAGUCACUAUCAAGUCAUGGGUGGAUAAGAUGCAAGAUGAACUUGUCACACUGGCAAGGACAGCAAGUGGAGUGACACAACUCAGAGAUAUUUAUGUUAAAUACAAGGACUUGUAUACUGUGGAACCCAACAAUGCACGUCAGCUGGUAGAAUUUGCAGCCAGGGAUAUUGAAAAACUACUCAGCAACAGAUCCAAAGCCUUGGAGCGUCUGGCUACCAAAGCAGAGCAGUUUCAAGCAGCCCAUCAGUGGCGGGAUGAUUUUGGGAGUAAUGAAGUUGUCUACUACAAUGCGAAAGAUGAUUUUGAUGAGUUGGAUAAAAAUGAGAGUGAGCCAAACAGCCAAAGGAUCAAACCUGUUUUUGUUGAAGAUGCUGUAUUUCGACGACAAACAUCCUACCAGCAUGCUGCAGUCCACAUUCCCACUGACAUAUACGAGGGCUCAACAAUUGUUUUGAAUGAACUCAACUGGACAAGUGCCUUAGAUGAAGUUUUCAAAAAAAAUCGAGACGAAGACCCUACAUUGCUGUGGCAGGUGUUUGGCAGUGCCACAGGCCUCGCCAGAUAUUAUCCAGCUUCUCCAUGGGUUGAUAAAACUCGAACGCCAAACAAGAUUGAUCUCUAUGAUGUACGGAGAAGACCAUGGUAUAUCCAAGGAGCUGCAUCUCCCAAAGACAUGCUUAUUCUAGUUGAUGUGAGUGGAAGUGUCAGUGGAUUAACUCUCAGGCUGAUUCGCACUUCUGUCUCAGAAAUGUUGGAAACCCUUUCAGAUGAUGAUUUUGUGAAUGUAGCUUCAUUUAACAGUAAUGCCCAGGAUGUGAGCUGCUUUCAACAUCUUGUCCAAGCUAAUGUAAGAAACAAGAAAGUGCUGAAAGAUGCUGUGAACAACAUCACUGCUAAAGGCAUCACAGAUUAUAAAAAAGGCUUUAGUUUUGCUUUUGAGCAGUUGCUAAAUUACAAUGUUUCUAGAGCCAACUGUAAUAAGAUCAUCAUGUUGUUUACGGAUGGAGGUGAAGAGAGAGCACAAGAGAUUUUCGCCAAAUACAAUAAAGACAAAAAAGUACGUGUAUUCACAUUUUCAGUUGGUCAACAUAAUUAUGACAGAGGACCAAUACAGUGGAUGGCCUGUGAAAACAAAGGUUAUUAUUAUGAAAUUCCUUCCAUUGGAGCAAUAAGAAUCAAUACUCAGGAAUAUUUGGAUGUCCUGGGAAGACCAAUGGUUUUGGAAGGAGAUAAAGCCAAACAAGUCCAGUGGACCAAUGUGUACUUGGAUGCACUGGAACUGGGACUUGUCAUUACUGGAACACUUCCUGUCUUCAACCUAACAGGCCAAGUAGAAAAUAAAGGCCAAAUAAAGAACCAGCUGAUUCUUGGUGUGAUGGGAGUUGACGUAUCUUUAGAGGAUAUCAAAAGACUUACACCACGCUUUACACUCUGUCCAAAUGGUUAUUAUUUUGCAAUUGAUCCUAAUGGCUAUGUGUUGCUCCAUCCUAAUCUUCAGCCAAAGCCUAUUGGUGUAGGUAUACCAACAGUUAAUUUAAGAAAAAGAAGGCCCAAUGUACAGAAUCCUAAAUCUCAGGAGCCUGUCACAUUGGAUUUCCUGGAUGCUGAACUGGAGAAUGAUAUCAAAGUGGAGAUUAGAAAUAAAAUGAUAGAUGGAGAGAGUGGAGAAAAAACAUUUAGAACACUGGUUAAAUCUCAAGAUGAGCGCUAUAUUGACAAAGGAAACAGAACAUAUACAUGGACUCCUGUGAAUGGCACGGAUUACAGUUUGGCCUUGGUAUUACCAACCUACAGUUUUUACUAUAUAAAAGCCAAAAUAGAAGAGACAAUAACUCAGGCCAGAUCAAAAAAAGUCAAAGUGAAGGAUUCAGAAACACUGAAACCUGAACACUUUGAAGAAUCUGGAUAUACAUUUAUAGCACCAAGAGCAUAUUGUAAUGAUUUAAAACCAUCAGAAAACAACACUGAAUUUCUCUUAAACUUCAAUGAGUUCAUUGAUCGAAAAACACCAAACAAUCCAUCAUGUAAUGUGGAUAUGAUCAAUAGAGUAUUGCUGGAUGCUGGUUUUACGAAUGAGCUUGUCCAAAAUCAUUGGAGUAAGCAGAAAAACCUCAAGGGAGUAAAAGCUCGUUUUGUUGUGACUGAUGGUGGAAUUACCAGAGUAUACCCCAAAGAGGCUGGAGAAGAUUGGCAAGAAAAUCCAGAAACAUAUGAAGAUAGUUUCUAUAAACGGAGUCUGGACAAUGACAACUAUAUUUUCACUGCUCCCUACUUUAACAAAAGUGGAUCAAGUUCCUAUGAAUCAGGGAUUAUGGUAAGCAAGGCUGUGGAGAUAUACAUUGAUGGAAAACUCCUUAAACCUGCAGUUGUUGGAAUAAAAAUAGAUGUUCCCACCUGGAUAGAGAAUUUCACCAAGGCCUCAAUAAGAGAUCCGUGUGCUGGUCAAGUUUGUGAUUGCAAAAGAAACAGUGAUGUAAUGGAUUGUGUAAUUCUAGAUGAUGGUGGAUUCCUUUUAAUGUCAAAUCAUGAUGAAGAUACUAACCAGAUUGGGAGAUUUUUUGGAGAGAUUGAUCCAAGCUUGAUGAGACACCUCAUUAAUGUGUCUGUGUAUGCCUUUAACAAAUCCUAUGAUUAUCAAUCUGUUUGUGACCCUGGUAGUGCACCAAAACAGGGAGCAGGAAAUCGUUCAUCAUACGUGCCAUCUAUAGCAGAUAUUUUGAACAUCGGCUGGUGGGCCACUGCUGCUGCAUGGUCAAUCCUACAACAGUUGAUUUUGAGUUUGACUUUUCCACGGCUUCUUGAAGCAGUGGAUGUGGAGGAGGAUGAUUUUUCUGCUGUGCUAUCAAAGCAGAGCUGCAUUACUGAACAAACUCAGUAUUUCUUUGACAAUGAUAGUAAAUCAUUCAGUGGAGUAUUGGACUGUGGAAACUGUUCCAGAAUAUUCCAUGUAGAAAAGCUUAUGAACACCAACUUAAUAUUCAUAAUUGUUGAUGGCAAAGGGACCUGUCCUUGUGAUACACGGCUACUAAUCCAAGCAGAACAGACUUCUGAUGGACCUGAUCCUUGUGAUAUGGUUAAACAACCCAGAUACCGAAAGGGACCUGAUGUAUGCUUUGAUGACAAUAAAUUGGAUCAACUUAUAUGUACAACGAGUCGUGCCUCUACCAUGAUGUCAACUCCUAUCUUCAUUUUACUUCAAGUUUUCAUGUGGUGUGGAUGGAAGAUUUUUCAGAUUGUGGUGGGGUUUCUGGACUGAACCCAUCGUUGUGGUCUAUGAUAGGAAUCCAGUUUGCGCUGCUUUGGCUAUUAUCUGGCAGUAGACAUUGCCAGUUAUGACCUUAUGAAACCAAAAUCUGCAUAACUGAUCUCAAGACCCUGCCAAAACAAAAGUCCUGUUUAAUUACAAAAGGGUCAAUUACUCAGACAGCAGAAAAUCAGCUGUUCUCAAAACAACAUGGUAUAUAAUUCUAUGUGAAAGACUCAUUAGGCACCCACAGUGGCUGCAUGUUGGAGUGUCAGACCCUUAAACUUGUGUGAAUGCUGCAUCAUCUAUGCUGUCAAAGCAGAAUCCUAGAUGUUCUUUACUGAGGAAUCGGAUCUUUUUUGUUGUUGUUGGAUCAUUGAUGAAUUCAUGCAAAAGGGCUCCCCCCCUUAAAAAGGUUUUCUUAAUACAAUCAUUUCUCUAGCUUUUGAUCUAAAUAUCAACUCAUUUUUGCUCCUUUUUUUUAAUCAGGAUUUCCAGGAAUCAAAUUUAUGUUACUUUCAAAUUUGACUAUUAAAAGCUUUAAAUAUAAGUUGUAUUGAAAACAAAAUCAAAGAUGAUUACAAGUGGCCAAAUGAAAUAAAUAUGAUUACUGGCUAGUCUUUGACUAAACUUCACUGAGUGAAAAUGCCUUAUAAAGAGUGACUUAUUCUGUCAAAAUAUAUAUUUAAAAGAGUGAUCAGCUAAGUUUUGGGGGAAUUGGUUGGUUUUAAACUGUUGGUUUAAAUAUUUUAAAAAACUAUCAAAUUACUGAACUAAAGGUGCUUGAGGGUUAGCUAUUUCAAUCAUCUACAUAUUUUCCAGAUAAAUAUCAUCCCUUUAAAAGAACAGUUCAGAUUAACGUCCCCUCUUUUCACAGUACAAUUGUCUAAUGCUAGCCAAAUCUUUCAAAGUCCUCUAAAGAGAUGGUAGGGGUGGUGGGUGGGAUGGGAAGGGAAAAAUCUUUUUUUGUCAUUAUUGAAUUUUGGCUACCAAGGGUAUUUUGCAUGAUGCUGCUGCUAUUUUUUUGUUUGUUUCUUUUCUUCAAUUGUAGAGUGUAGUCAGUUUUUAAGGUAUUUGAGUGGUAUUAUUGUUAAGAGAAACUGAAAUUUGCAAUUCUAAUGCACUUAAAUAAUCUUAUAUGAUCUGGUUAAAUAAUGAUAUCUGAAUAUACUGUGAAAUGAAAAUGUAGAAAGAUUGGACUGCAGUGAGGAAUAUGGAGAAAUGGAAUUUUAUACAGAUUAGUGCUUUUGCCUGAAAACCUGUGUACAGAUAUUUUAAGUAUAUAAAUCAGAUUUGACACAUUUAUUUUUAAAGAGCACAUAUAUGUUCUCAAUGAAGAUUCAUACCAGGUUUCCUCUCUGUUCAAUUAAAUGUUCGCACCUGCAGUUUAAAUAAAGUCCUCUUGCUGGUUUUCAUUAAAAAUGGCCAGGUCAACUGAGCCAAAUUUCCACCCAGUUCAAUGAGAUUUUACAGUAAUCUGAACAAACAGGAAACCUUGAAUCUAUAUGUAUGCACAUUAAUACCUGAUUGUGAAUAUUAAAGAUUGAUUUUUAUAUACAAUUUCAUUGGUGAAACUGAAUGGUGCAGGAAAUCAUGACAUUGCAUAUUGUAGUAUAGGAUAGAGGUAGAACAGUGUACUUGUUUCUAGUUUUCAAAACUAAACAGUAUUCUGAGAGAUAAACCGAUGAAUGUAUAAUUCUGCCGAUUUAUAAUUUUGUUAAAAGCUACAAUCUACAACAUAUAAAAUGCAUUAGUUCACAAAAGCAGAAAAACACCAUGCAAAAUAUCUGUGUAGACAUACAUGUGUAUGUAUAUACAUAUCUCUAUGUAUAUACAUAUAUAAAGUAUAUGUUGGAAGAGUAUUCCAAUCUAAUUUUUUAAUAUCAAAAUUUUACUGAAGUUGUCCAUCAUGUUUAACUGUCAUACAGAAAUCAAAGAGCAUAACCAACCCCAUGGCAUAGCUUUAAAAGUGUUUUGUUGUUGUUGUUGUUCUGUCCAUUACUGUUUGUCACUCUCCUACAUACCCUUGGUUCCAAUUGUGUCUGUUCCCUUUUUUUGUUUGUUUUUUUUCAAAAAAGGGCAAUUUCCAAUUUUAGUUGUCACAACAAAUAUUAAUUUUUGCUACUAAUUCAUAAUUUGAUAGUGGUGGGCCCAUUUAUAUUUGUUGUGACAUGAAAGUUUUAUCUUCCUUACCUUAAUGAAAAUGAUGCCGAUUAAACACAUACACACAAAAUCACUACCACCAUCAACAACAACAAAAACAAGGAAAGGCAAUCCCAAAAAAGUGAGAAGAAGUAUUUGGAAUGUUAUGCUUUAGGCAGAAUUAAUUAUUUUCUUCAAAUGUUUUCCAUUUGCUUUAGGAUCAAGUCUAAAACCCUCAGGUAAAAUUAGUUUCCCUAUUUAUUUUCUUGUUUGGAGAAUAUCAAAGUUCAAAAUGCUAAACCAACUGCUUAAACUAUUUUAAGUUAGCUAAAAUAUAUAAAUACUGAUGUUGAAUCUUUGCUAAAUUCUAUCCAGUCAGUGGUGAUUUUGAUGUUGGAAAAAUAUAGCAAGGACUCCCCUAGGUGAUAUAUUUAAAUAAUAAGUAUUUAAAUUAUGUAAUUACUUCCAACAUAGAAUACUCUUGAAAAACAUUUUAAAAUACCAUUUUCAGUGAGUAAUGGGAUUCAUUCUUAUUGAACUAAUUACAAUUAAACGUGGUAUCCUAUUCCAUUUCUAUUGGCAUAAAAAUACAUUUUAGUGCAUGAGCAGUUUAUUUCUGUUAGGAAAAAAAAGUAUAUAAUCUGUAAACCACAUGCAUGGUGAUAAAUUUCAUAAGCAAAGUUUCUCUGACUGAAAAAUGUCCUUGUGACUGCUGUUAGUUUUUAAUCUCCUAGCAUACUUUUCUAAGAGAAAAAAAAAACCAUUCCUUCAAAUUACAAUGUGUGAAGUUGAUAUUUCCCUGUGAGUUUUGACUGUUGGCGAUGAUUUAAUAGAUUGUAUAUUAUCAAUAUUUGUUUCCAAAGUAUUUAAAAAAAAAAAAACAAGAGAUGAAGAAAAGCUUUGAAUAUAUUUGAUUUACACCUUAAUCAUGCACCAUCAUUAUAGAUUCUUCACAAACCAAAAUUACAAUGAUCCUUACACUGCUGUUAAAUAAUCAGUAUAGGAUUUAACAUUAAUGGCUCCUUUCUAGUUUCUUUAUUUGAACAACCAGCAUUACUGCCAAAACACCAAUCGUGGUCCAUAUUUGUAACAGGUUUUUAACAUGACAUAGUUAGCAAGUUUGACUGAAGAGAUUUUUAGGUCCUGGACUUAUGAGAUUUUAGUAUGAUCUUUUUCAUGUUUCUAAAUGCUUGAGGCUUUAUUGCUUAACUUGGAGAUAAAAAAAAAACACCACAGUGUUGCUGCCAUUUGUAAGUUUUCCUAUAAUAUUCCUUUUAUUAACUCUAAACUGGCCUUACUGGAUUCAAAUAGGCAGUAUCCCUUUUAAGUGACCUUUGCAACCCAAGUGUUACUUGCUGUUUGAUGCUUUCAGUAUGUUAUGAAUAACAUUCAAACCUUUGUCCCCUUACACCAAAGCUUAACUUUUGUCUUAAUAUCAAAUUCUUACCCAUUGGUCCUGUGAGUUAAGAAGCUAAACUUGCUAGAAUUAUAGAGAAUUGACAUAGUGGGCCACUAUAGAAUGUCUGUGAUGCUUUUAAAAAGUAUACUAGAAGGACUAGCAACCCAAGUUUGCUCCAACCUUCAUCUUAUAUAUUCAGGGCUGAACUAAAGGCCAAGCUUUAUUUUUACCCCAAAAUUAGAAUGUUAAAUAUUGUUAAUAGUCAGUGUACACUACUGUAAACAAAGACAAAAAAGUGUCUGAAAAUCAAAUCCGGAGUUCCAACAACACUAAUCUACUCUCAAGAAGGACUUAUAUUUGCAUUGUUUCUUGUUAUUUAAAUAAUCAUCUCAAAUGAAUUUCACUGAGGCUAAAGGGAUAUACUGUCUUGUUUAGAUGCCAACUGAACUUACAAUGUGACCUGACUAAGUUGUCCUCUCUGUUGUAUUCUAUGGAAUGUCUGGAUCAUGCUUUUGGGGAUGUUUUUAUUGAAAUGCUCAGUGUGCAUCCAUUAAAAAAAAAAAGGUCCUGAGUUGCUCUAGGUGAGCAGUAGACCUUUUCUCCCUUUUAUUGUGUUCUCUUGACACUUUUGUGGAACUUGACAAGCCUGAAAAAAAAUUUUGUAAAAAUUUGUAUAAUACUGUUAUAAAAAGUUUAUAAUCCUAGAAAAUGUUGUGUUAAUUCUUGUGCAAAAAACUCAGUAUAUUCAGAAUAAAAUUUAUCAUUUGAAACCACCAUA